AUGCCUGUCAUCUCGAUCAACGGAAACGAUCUCAACCCCGAGAACCAGGGCCCUGUCCUCCGGGCUUUUGGUCUCGAGUCGGAGGAUGCGUCCAAAUCCAACUACAUUCUCAUCCAGACCAAGGAACUGCUUGAAGAUGAGCAGGAGGGCGAGCUCGAGCGUCUGGGCGUUGAUAUCCAGGAAUAUGUCUCGCAGAAGACGUACCUGUGCUGCUACAAGCCAAAUGACUUGGCUGCCAUCCGCUCCCUCCCGUUUGUGACCUGGGCAAACGUCUACAUGGACAUGUUUGUUGUGCAGUCAAGCAUGAAGUCUGCAUCUGUCCCUAACGCCGUGGCUGGAUUUGCCAAGGCCGUGCCGAAAUCCUCCCGCCGCCGCAUGGUCGAUGUUGUGCUUCACCACGAUGUAGAUCCCACUUCGCAGGAGAUCCAGGAGGCCCUUUGUAUGGCCACGAGGGCCGACACCUCGUCGAUGAACAUUGGUGCCAAGAAGGUCCGCAUGAUGGUCCAGGACCAGCAUCUGGAUGAAGUGGCCGCCAUCGACGGGGUACGAAGCAUCCAUGAAGUGCAUGCAGCCGUGUUGUUCAACAACAAGGCGGUCCCAAUCAUCAAGGGUGAUGCAAACACAAGUGGAGACCACCCCAUUGGAACUGCGGAGGCGAAGGACAAGGCCAGUGCCUUGCCGUACGAGGGAGAGGGACAGAUUGUUGCGGUUGGCGACACCGGGUUCGACAAGGGCAGCACGACCGACACGCACCCAGCGUUCAAGGGCCGUGUCAAGCACCUGUAUGCUCUUGGACGCACGGAUCGGUCUGACGAUCCCGACGGCCACGGCACGCACGUCUGCGGGUCUGUCCUUGGAGACGGAACAUCGGAGAAGAUGGGGGGCAAGAUCCAGGGCACGGCACCCAAGGCGACGCUUGUGCUGCAGUCGCUGCUGGACAGCCAGAACGGGCUGGGGGGCAUCCCCGACGACCUGACGAAGCUGUUCAUCCAGCCAUACGAGGAGCAAGAUGCGCGCAUCCACACCAAUUCGUGGGGCAGCAACGCACCCGGCCGGCAGCUGCCGUACAACGUCAACAGCGAGGAGAUCGACCGGUUUGUGUGGGAGCACCAGGACAUGGUCAUCCUUUUUGCAGCGGGCAACGCGGGAAUCGACGCAGACCAAGACGGGACCAUCGACAAGAACCAGAUUGGCUCGCAGGCCGCGGCCAAGAACUGCAUCACGGUUGGAGCCAGCGAGAACGACCGGCCUGACAUUGAGAAGACGUAUGCCUCGUGGUUCCCGAACAAGCCGUUCGACACGGACCGGGUAGCCGACCACCCGAACGGGAUGGCGGCCUUUAGCUCGCGCGGGCCGACCAAGGAGGGACGCAUCAAGCCGGACGUGGUAGCGCCGGGAACGUCGAUCCUGUCGACACGCUCGUCGAAGCUGCUGAAGCCCAGCACGACGUUUGGCACCAGCGCGGACCCGGAGUGGUUCUUCAACGGGGGCACGAGCAUGGCGACUCCGCUGGUGGCAGGCGGGGUGGCCCUGAUCCGCGAGGCGCUGGUGAAGAGCGGGAACAAGAGCCCGUCCGCUGCGCUGAUCAAGGCGCUGCUGAUCAACGGGGCGGUCGAGCUUCCAGGCCAGUACGUGCCCUCUGAGGCCGGGCCGUCGCCCAACAGCAGCUCAGGCUACGGACGGGUCAACCUGAAGAACUCGAUCCCGCCGGCCGCAAAGGAAGGCGACAACCCGGCGAGCGGCUACCGCGAGGGCGGGCCCCUGACGCAGGGCCAGACGGACUCUGAGCUGGUGAUCAAGGUGCCCAAGGACGGGGGGCAGACGCUGAAGGUGACGCUUGUGUGGACGGACCCGGCCGGGGCAUCGCUGCAGAACGACCUGGACCUGAUCGUGACGGCGGCGGACGGCAGCGAGCGGCACGGCAACAUGGGCGACAAGAAGGAGUUUGACCGGGCGAACAACGUCGAGCAGGUGGUGUGGGCGAAGGUGCCCGGCGGCGACGUCAAGGUGCAGGUACGGGCGUUCCAUAUCUUCAAGCGCGAGUUUGCCCAGCGCUUUGCCGUCGCCUGGAGCCUGAACUAG